AAGAAUAACAUUUAAAAUGCUGUUUGUGAAGUGCCCGUUCUCCCGGCUCUAGCAUACGGCGAUAAUUCAUGAUGCUCUGUCUUUAGGAGGUGUGUCUCGGCGAGAGGGACGGUUUGCUGCAUGCAGCAUAGUCAUUGGCUGAAGCACUGUGUGAUGAGAUAGCAGACACUGGAGUAGAAGCCUUUAGGACCCAGCAGCAAAAUGGUGAGUAGGCAGGCAAAGCUGGGCUGAGUCACUGCAUGUGUCUGAGAGGCAGUCAGAAACAGAGCAGAACCAGAGAGCAGAGGUGAUCUCACACUCAUCAGCACAGGAUAACAUAACCAUGAUGGGUUGACUUGGGGGGGAUCGAAGGCUGUCGGAGAGAGGAAGUGUGCAUUUGUCACCACUUGCCCAGCCAUGGAGACCAACAAAGUUCUUCAUUUUGUGCCUUUGGACGCCCCUCCCUCAGGGAUGUCCAAGAAUGGAUACUUCUUUCAAGAAAUGGAGCAGCGGGAGGCUGAGCAGGAGGACGGCAGUGAUGAUCGAGAGGAGGGACAAGACUCUCCCAUCGCCAGCGGAGAUGACAUCCAGCUCUAUGACAACCAGAUCAGCCCAGGGCCAGAUGCUGAUGACUCUGGGUGUGUAUUGCUGAACACAUCAAGGAAGUACGUGAAGCUGACAAACUUCGAAGAGGAGAUCCGUGCUCACCGGGACCUGGACGGCUUCCUGGCCCGGGCCAUCAUUCUGCUGGACGAGACGGCGGCGUCUCUUGACGAUGUCCUAAAGAGAAUGCUGCACCAUGUGGCUCAGGACGUGAAUGCUCCUGAGCCCAGCUGCAACUUUGAGGAGGUGAUGAGUUUGCUUUUCACAGAUGCAGGAGCUCAAGAAGUUAAUGACAAGUGUCAAAGUUUUGUUUUCUUUGAUGACGUCCACCUGCUGUCAGAGACAAUCCAGGGAGUGACGGCCACAGCUACCGGGGUUCAGUACCAACAGUCCUGGCUCUGCAUCCUCUGCAAUGUCAAGAACCUCCACCGGCGUCAUGUGUGCGUCUCCCGCCUGGAAAGGCCGCAGAACUGGGGAGAGAACUGCUGCGAGGUCCGCUAUGUCAUCCUGAUCCUUGCCCCGCUCAAAAUGAAAAGUACAAAGACGGCAAUGGAGCUGGGCCGCACUUUCGCCACACUUUUUUCCGACAUCUCAUUCCGGCAGAAGCUGCUGGAGACGAAAACACAGGAGGAGUUUAAAGAGGCCCUGGUGUUCCAGAGACACCAGCUGACUGCAGUUCACCAGCACCCAACGGCAUUGGGGAAAGAAGAAGAAACUGAUCCUCACAGUCACAAACCCCUCAUGUGUCAAGAUUUCUUCAGAGCCGGCCGGGGGAUUUAUGAGGACUUGUGCCGCCGACUGCCUUUCUACACCUCUGACUUCACAGAUGGUAUAGUUGGCAGUAAUAAAACCUUGCUGAAGUACAUGACGACCGCCAUCUUCCUCUACAUCGCCAUCCUCCUGCCAGCCAUCGCGUUUGGCUCCCUCAAUGAUGAAAGCACUCGCGGCGAGAUUGACGUUCGGAAGACCAUCAUCGGCCAGAGCAUCGGAGGAGUCAUUUACUCACUGUUUGCUGGGUCGCCUCUGGUUGUCCCUCUGACCACGGCACCCCUCGCCAUCUUCAUUAGCGUGAUCCGAGGAAUCUGUGAUGACUACAACCUGAACUUUCCAGCCUUCUACGCCUGUAUCGGGCUGUGGAACUGCCUCUUUCUUAUUUUGGGAGGGAUUUUCAACGUCAGCCUGCUCAUGAAGCUCUUCAAGAGGUCCACUGAAGAGGUUAUCGCUCUGUUCAUUUCCAUAGCAUUCGUGGUCGAUGCAGUCAAAGGAACUGUAAAAAUCUUUCAGAGGUACUACUUCUCUCCGGUGCUGACCAACAGAAGCAUGGACGACCUCCCCACGCGCGUCGACGUGAUGCCGUCCAACAAAAGCGACUUCACGGCAGGGUCGGUGCUGCAUGCCCUCCCGGAGACGGUCAUCCUCUGCACCCGAGAGAGGCCCGUGCUCUCCCUCCUGCUGACGAUGGGGACGCUCUGGAUGGGCUACACCCUCUAUCAGUUCAAACGGAGUCCAUUCCUCCACGCCAAAGUGAGGGAGAUGAUGUCGGACUGUGCUCUGCCAAUCUCCGUGCUCAUCUUCUCUUUCAUCGGCUCCUACCUUUUCAGCGAUAUUGAGCUUCCAGUCUUCAGAGUUCACAACAAGCCCAUCUUCAACUUCGCUCCCUUGGGGACGCUCUCAGCCCUGAACGUGCUCAGCGCCAUGGGCCUGGGCUUCCUGCUGGCCCUCCUCAUCUUCAUCGACCAGAACAUCGUGGUCUCCCUGACGAACGCGCCGGAAAACAGGUUGCUGAAGGGCACGGCGUAUCACUGGGACCUGAUGCUCUCCGGCCUCAUUAACAUCCUCAUGUCGGUGCUGGGGUUGCCGUGGAUGCACGCCGCCUUCCCUCACUCCACCCUCCACGUGCGGCAGCUGGCGUUCGUGGAGCAGCGCGUGGAGGGGGGGCACCUCUACGAGACGAUCGUUCAGGUGAAAGAGACACGGGUGACGUCUUUGGCCGCCAACGUCUUCAUCGGCAUUUCGUUGCUGCUGGUGCCCUUCCCGCUGCAGUGGAUCCCUAAGCCCGUCCUGUACGGCCUCUUCCUCUACAUCGCCCUCACGUCUAUAGACGGGAACCAGAUGUGUGACCGGAUGGCACUCCUCCUGAAGGAGCAGACGUCCUACCCGCCGACUCAUUACAUCCGCAAAGUGCCCCAGAGGAAGAUCCACUACUUCACUUUCCUGCAGAUGAUGCAGCUGCUGGUGCUGUGCUCCUUCGGCAUGUACCCCAUACCGUACAUGAAGAUGAUCUUCCCUUUGGUCAUGAUCCUUCUGAUCCCGAUUAGGAACACCGUGCUUCCUCAUAUCAUUGAGGCCAAAUACCUGGACAUCAUGGAUGCCCAACACAUGUAGCUGCCGACGGCGACCGGGACACGAAGCAGGGCAACAAAAAAAACUGUACGGAACAAAGGUGAAACAUCGACUGUUUAGAUUUUUCUAUCUGAGGUGAACACUCCUCAAGCGAGGCGCCGAGCCGCGGCGGCGUCUUCGGGGAUGACGAGAGAAGCGCCGGGGAGAGGUUUUCCCAGCGGCGGACAGACACAACUCUCUCCGAGAAGUAUUUUGUAUCAGGACUUCUCCUCCAUUUUCGCUCUAUGCCAUAUACCUCCAUGAUCUUUUUACGCUUUACUGUCUCUCUACUGCUGUCCGUCCGUCUGUCUGUCUGUGCUCGAACUCGUGGCCGGGUUCUUGAUCUACUCACUUAAUGCUGUGUAAGUGAAAAAGAAAUGCUGCCAGUGCACAUUGUAUCUUCGGUCCAAGAUGGAAUGACACGAGUGUCAACUUGCACUAGCAUUGUGUGUCUGCGCCUCAUUCUAGGGUCACUUUACCUACACUGUGUUAAUUUGUGGUUGAGUACUUUUCCACGUGUGAACACUGCGUUGGUGUUUCUGUCGUCGUGUGGUGUUGGAAAAGCUUCACUCUCCUCUGUCUUGAAGCUGUUUGGAGCUCUAUUUUUCAGAGAGUUAUGAAUAAAGUGUUCAACAACUGAGCGUGGCUUGCAACAUGAGCUGCCCACCAGCUAUAAAAGAGUGGACACCUUGUUUCAUAUUCUAUAUUUUGUAGAACGACAGCACAACCAAAUUAUCCAUAUAUCGGAAUAUAUUAACGGCAAUAUUCAAAAUAUUUUACCUGAAUCGAAAUAAAAGUUUAUUUAUUGAGACGAGAAGUACUUAUGUGUUGUGUGUUUACCACGAUGUGGGACGUUCGCUCCUUGACCUUCAGUGUUGUUUACACCUCCCUUCCAUCGCCGAGUCCAGGGAAAGAGUUACACAUAUAUAAGCUUCUAGAUGGUGAAUGCAGUUGGGUUUUUUAAGAGGUUUUUCUUUACCAGUUAAACCCGUCUUGUUUUUUUUUUUUCUAUCGAUGUAACGAUUAGGUCGAUGCUUGCAGAUGUUGUCAUGUAAUAAUCCGAACCUUUUGAAGAGAUUCUAUAUACAAAAAAAGAAGAGAUUUAUUCGCACUGUUUGAGCAUGUCACAUCUGGUUUUUUAUACGACGUAAUGCCGGUGGACCUGUCAACAGCAGGCUCAAAAGAGUAGCAACUUUUCACUAAUGCAAUGCUCAGUAAUCAGCAAUACUGUGUACAAAAGACAGGUUUGACUCUCCACCGACGCAAAAGAGCAGAUGUAUUUUUUUAAAAACCGUGCUUAUUAUGAUGACCAACAACAAGACGGAGGUCCUCGCAGGUCAUUGGUUGUUUCCCCUGAUCCAGGCGGCAGCUGCAGUCGUGUUGCAGAUGCGCGAGAUUUACGCAGAUGUGUCGGGCUCAGAUAGGACGGCGCCGCAUCUGCAUAAUCCUCGAUCGAAGCCUUAAGAGAGAGGAGACGGCGGGGUACGACGUGAUGCCGUUUUUAUCAGCCAUUCAUCCCAGUCACUUUUGAACUUCGGACCAAGUGCAGAGAUGGAAAGGCAGAUCUCCCAACGUGACUCUAUUGUUGUUCAUGGCUAUUCUCUCUGUACGGAUUUUUGGCAGCCGACUUCUUCUCUCAGAGGACAUUGAAUUCGCAGUGAGAGUCUCCGUUUGUGAAACCUUUAAUCCCUCCUCCCCUAAUGGGAUUCCUUUGAGGUUGAGUCACGUGGUGUUCCGUUUGAUUCGAGCUUCUGUUUCCGAUUUCAUAUAUAGCCUAAUUUUUCUAAUCAUGAAUGUAAGAUGUGUCGAUUUUUAUAUAGCAUACUUAUUUAGGUGUCAAAUAGAAUAUGUAAUUUUUGUCAAAAAGACCAGCUAUAUUUGUAAGCUGUAAUAUGUAAAUGGUUAUAUAACAGAAUGUGUCUGAAAAAGAGCGACUAUCAGCUGUUUGCCAAAUAAAGAAAUUGUAGUGAUGAAAAUCUGCGUGGUGUUUCACUCACGAACCGUGACGCUCAUGAUAUGAACCCUGUAUUUGCUGCAGUUCCAUCGACAUUGUAAUGUGGACACUAG